AUGCACCGCCAUGCCUUUUCCAACGGGGCGUAUCCCUCGCAAGGAGGGGGUACCUUCUCCAUCCAACCUCACAAAUUCCAGCCGCGAUCACAGCCUGCGCUCAGGCGGCGGAGAACACUGAUACAGCGCUUGCUGCUUGUCGGUUCGCUGUUCUUUACCGCCCUAUUCUUCUUCUUCCCUGACCUGCGACCAAACCUGGGUUCCGGACCUCUCAGCUUGAUCUCCUCGAACGACGAUGCGCAGCUUGAGACCGUGCGAUACUACGAUUUGAACAACGUGCAGGGAACAGCGAGGGGAUGGGAAAGGGAGGAGCGCAUUCUGUUGUGCGCUCCUUUGCGAGACGCGGCUCCGCAUCUGCCCAUGUUCUUUGGCCAUUUGCAGAACCUCACAUACCCCCACAACCUCAUCGAUUUGGCUUUCCUCGUUGGAGAUUCCAAGGAUAACACCAUCUCACUCUUGACGGAGAAGUUGGAAGAGCUACAGGCCAAUCCCGAUCCCAAGCAGCAGUUUGGCGAGAUCUCGAUCAUGGAGAAGGAUUUUGGACAAAAGGUUAACCAAGAUGUUGAGAGUCGACACGGUUUCGCCGCACAGGCUGGCCGCCGAAAGUCAAUGGCACAAGCGCGAAACUGGCUGCUAAGCGCUGCACUGCGGCCAACACACAGCUGGGUAUACUGGAGAGAUGUGGACGUGGAGACUGCUCCGUUCACUAUUCUGGAAGAUCUCAUGCGGCACAACAAGGAUGUCAUCGUCCCCAAUGUCUGGCGACCACUUCCGGACUGGCUUGGCGGCGAACAGCCAUACGACCUGAACUCCUGGCAAGAAUCUGAGACUGCCCUCGCCCUCGCUGACACUCUCGACGAGGAUGCAGUCAUUGUAGAAGGUUACGCAGAGUACGCCACUUGGCGCCCGCAUUUGGCCUACCUCCGCGACCCCUACGGUGACCCAGACAUGGAGAUGGAAAUUGAUGGUGUUGGUGGUGUUAGCAUUCUUGCGAAAGCCAAGGUUUUCCGCUCUGGUGUCCACUUCCCUGCAUUCAGUUUUGAGAAGCACGCUGAGACAGAAGGAUUCGGCAAGAUGGCCAAGCGCAUGAAGUUUUCCGUGGUCGGUCUUCCCCACUACACUAUCUGGCAUCUUUACGAACCCAGUGUCGACGACAUCCGACACAUGGAGGAAAUGGAGAAGGAGCGCAAGGCCAAGGAGGCUGAGGAAGAAGCGAAGAAGGCCAAGGAGGCUAAGAUCAAGGACAAUUUUGAUGAAAAGAAGAGCGACUGGGAGAAAGAGAAGGCAGCCGUCCAAGACAUGGUUCAGCAAGCAAAGAACGAGGAAAAGGCGGCCGCCGAGAAGAAGAAUCAACAAGAAGCGGCAGCAAAAGAGGAGCUGCCCAAGGCAGACACCAAGGAGGAGAAGCCAGCUGAUAAGAAGGAGGGCGAUCAAUCAUAG